ACGGUCAAGUGGUUUGCAUCACCAGUACUGUAUUUACUCUAUGGUUAGCGUAUUCAAUGAACAGUUGAAAAACACGUGUAAAGUUUUAAUAAUAUAAACAAUGUAAAUAGGACUUCGGACGCUUAAGACUAUUUUCAUCAUAUUGUUUGUGCUUGUCUAAAAACUUUGAAAUGUUAAAUAGGUUCCGUAAUGCGUUUAUAAAUGUUGUGGGUGGAAGUUUGGAUCCACUACCUGUAACAUCAGGAAAGACUUUUGACGAUGUGAUUUUGACACCGAAGUUUGCAUAUUCUCGACCGCAUUUUUUACAAUUUAACAGUGAAGAAAUACAAGCGUCAGCUGAUCAUCACUUGAGACCUAUUAUAACUCCCAGGGAUAUUUCCAAAUUGCCUUGGAAUAGUGGUUAUGCCGAGGCAGUGAAUGCUGGGAAAUCAGAAUGGAACGAAGAUCAAGCGAGCAUGUCGCAAGGAGUUAUCCAGCGUCCAGGACACAGGGACAAGCACUCACUAAUGCAUGGUGCCCCGACACUGAAGUUAUCGUUCGAAACGGAGCAAGAGAGUGCAGCAUCACACUUGCCGUACACGUACUUCUCCAUGUUUGAUGGCCAUGCGGGUACCGAUGCAGCGGUAGCAGCCGCCAAUCAGCUACAUCAUAUUCUACAUGAGAAGUUGGUAGACAUUGUGGACCAUCUGCUGCCGCCUCUAGACGGAAGUCCAGCCUCGGCUCUGGGAAGUAAUGUGACUCGAGGCGGGGUGUCAAUGUGGUUCCCUGAAAAGGAGGUGUCUGUUGACUCUUUAAUAAUUGGUGCUCUCGAGUCAGCAUUCUGGGAUAUGGAUCAGUUGAUUGCGGAAGACAAACGCAAGUACAAACUGAAAGGGGGUUGCACCGCUUUAGUAGCACUUUUCAUUCUAGGAAAAUUAUAUGUUGCUAAUGCAGGUGAUUCCAGAGCUGUCAUAAGCAAGAACAGCAAACCACUCCCAAUGUCAAAUGACUUCACUCCAGAGUCAGAGAGGCAGCGAGUUCGAAGCAUGGCUGCUCUGAAGCCAGAACUUCUGGGAAAUUUCUUCACUCACCUGGAUUAUAACAGACGACCUGUACAGACUGAUCUUGGUAAAAGGAUUCUGUACCGUGAUGUGUACAUGACAGGCUGGGCGUACAAAAUUGUAACCACUGAAGAUCUAAAAAUACCGGUUGUGUCAGGAGAAGGGAAAAGGAGCCGGGUGUUGUCAACAAUCGGGGUGACGCGUGGUUUCGGCGACCAUGACUUGAAGGCUUUGAAUACUGGAAUACCUGUGAAACCAUUUCUAUCUUCUCAGCCGGAGGUGAAAAUACUGGACUUGAAAAACGAAGCCAUUUAUGACACUGAUGUUCUGAUCAUGGGCACAGAUGGCUUGUGGGAUGUUACCAGCAAUGAAAAAGCUGUUGAAAUUGUUCAAAAAAGCUUGGUUCAUUUUCCAACUGAUAAAAACAGGCUUAAAUACAGGUAUACAUCAGUGGCCCAGGAGUUGGUGAUGCAUUCUCGGGGAAAACACCUGGACAAGAACUGGAGAGGUAGCGACGGCAAGCUGGCGACCAUUGACGACAUAUCAGUUUUCAUAAUCCCGUUACUGCCGUACAAGAAAGAAUUUGCUGCCUGGAACGUGGAGUACGAAGCUGUUCGCGAAAUGUAUGAGAACGCUGCAGCGACAGAAUGUUACGGGCAGCUUCUCUUGAAGCCAUCGCCGGUCGCCGAAUCCAAGUCCAACGUUGAAAAACAGCUCGAGUUGAUGUCAAACUUUCGUGAUCCAGUCGAUGUGGUUCUGCACAAGACACUGAAGAAAACGUUGAGCUUCGAACGUGAAAGGAGAGUGGCCACCAAUGGAACAAGGAGGCACUCAACGGACGGUGCUGGUUUGUCCACAACCACCAAAGAAAGUGAAACAGGAUUGGAGUCCAUUGAAAAAUACUUUGAUGAUGCAAAGUGUAAGAGUUGUUUGUUAGUUAAGAUUGAUUCCGCGCAAGUGAUAGAUGCUGCAGAUAAGGACAAGUUAAAGGCUGUACUAAAUGUAACCAGUGACAGUGACGGUGUUGGUUCAAAUGUUGUGUUGAAAACUGACUUGCCUUGUGCAGUGUGUAGCCGUUUGAAUGGCUCAUAUCGGGUUCUGAUUGGUAACAAACUCCCUACAUGCAUGAGCAGCAAUAGUGUUGCACAUUUGCCUGACAUUGAAACACUGCGAGUGAGUAGUAAGGCACUGCAGCAUUGAGUAGUUCAGCUGCCUUUUUACGGUGUGACAUUUUGUUUUCAGGACCACCUUACGACUGACUUGCCUCUAACUUAAAAUCAAUUUUUCAUAGUUACUGAGGGUUUUUACUUUUUGAACUUCAUUGAUGUUUUGGAAUGUCAGAUUAAUAUAAUGGCAAGUCUUGCAUUUAAAUGCGUGGUUUCCAGUAAAAUAAAUUUUUUUACUUGGAAUUCUCUAGCCAAUAUAUACGUAAAAAUUGAACAUUAUACUUAGCUAUGUUCUUAUUUAAGUUCCUAUUAUUAUAAUUAAAUUUUAUUACUAGGCAUUCAUUUUGUCUACAGGUAUAUAAGCAUUUAGCUUUUUCUAUAGCAGAUUUUGUAUUUAUCUUGAGAGUUUAUGACUUAGGACUUUAUGGGGGCCAUUCCAUGCUUUUUCAACAAAUUUUGUUUUAAAUUGGUUGCUGCAUUUGUUUUAAACAAUGUCUAUUUUGUCACAGUAAAUUGUACAUCUUUAGAGAGUUGAAAACCAACUUCGAACAUUAGAUAAUGCACUUAAUACAUGUUUUUGUAAGUGAAAAUGGUCUAAUGUUUUUACAGUAGAGCACACACUAAGUGAUAGUUAAUGGUUUACUGUAAAUGCUGAUAAUUUUUCUUUACAUUUCAAUACAUUGUUUAGAUUUAAAAAUCAUAAUUCAUGAGUAAAUACUCAUUUUUCAUUUUUUGAAGCAGAAUUUUUACUGUUACAGGUGAAAAUUUUCUUCUGAACUAUAGUAAUAAUAUAUUUUGCAAUGAGGUUAGAAAAAUAAACUUGUAUUUUGAACUUUUACAAGAAUUUUUGCAAAUAUAAGUGGGAAAUUUUCAAAUUUUUCUAUUUAAGUGUACAUUCUCUAUUAUUUAUAGCGAUAGACAAAGGAAAAAUUUGUUUGUAUGCUACUAAGACAACUACGUGCCAAGAAUAUUAUAUAACUACUUUAUUUAUGGUGCAAAAUAAGAAAAAAUUGUCAGGUUAAAUUUUAGUGAAAUUAAUAAUUUUCCAAUUAAUUUGAAGGGCAAGUUAACUUACUUUAUGUAAUAAGGAUAUUCCGGUUUUUAUUUUUGUCAAAUAAGCAGUAUAAUUUGCCCAGUGAUCACAGAAACAUAGCUUGUCAUAUUUAUUAGCUUAAAAAGGUGCUAUCUAUAGGAUAAAACAUCAACUAGCAACUCUGACAGGAAAAUAGCCAUAAUAUACUAAUUGGAUAUAUAUUGCCUUAUUUGGAAGGAACUACAUCUAGGCUUUUGGUUGGAGGCCAUGUUUAUAAAAAUGUUGGUGUGCCCGAUGUUUGGGCGUGCCAUUGUCAGGCGCAUCAACAUUUCCGCGGACGGGUUCUCAAGUCAGAAGCCAAGCCAUGUAAGUCUGUGUUGUAGGGUUUGUAUAAAAAUGUUAAUACUAAUGCAAGAAUUUAAGGUUUAAAUAAUAAAAAGCACCAUAUCUAAAGAGAAGAUAAUUAUAUUGCCUAGUAUAUUCUAAAAUUUUAAUCAAAGAGUCAGUUUAUGGUAAUUUAAAGUUCAACCCAAAUUAUUUUUUAUUUGCAGGUUUGCAUUUUCUUUGGGUAUUGUUUUACUAAUACUGCAUUGUAGGAUUUCAGUUUAAUUCAUUGUUCUGUAAAAAGUAAGAAAACGUUCAUGUAUUUUGUGUGCAUUUAAACAGCUCUAUUUUGAUGUUGAAUGGUGUUAGUGAAUUUUCCCUAUAGAGUAGACAAAUGUCAGUUCUCUUGUGAGCCACUGUAGAGAAUCAUAAUGCAAGCAACAUAGUCACCUCUUGAGUUCGAGAGAAGAAUGUUAGAACUGUGCAGUUUUGCCUUUUGACUUCAUGUCCCUUUCCAUUAAAUUUUUACAUUAAGAUGACAGCACGAAAUUGGAAAGUUUUUUUCUGUUAUUGCACAGUAGCUCUGUCAUAUAUGGAAGCUUCUGUGAUUCUUGUGACUGAAGGUGAUGAACUCUUGAUCCGUCACAAGAGUUUUGGAAACUAAUUGACAGUAUUGCCAUUGGUGGUUUAAUGCAUAUGGGGUUUUCAUUAUACAGUAUGAUAAGUUUCUACAUGGUCAAUAACCCAUCAUUCUGUGCCAUAGAAUUAAGUAACAAUGCUUUUCUUGCCAGAAAAUAAUUUCUAGAAUCAACUAUGUGUAGUGACUAUCAAAAUAUUCUUCAUUGCCUAAAAACAUCACCGUCCUCAUCUAAAUCUAUUGGUGCCAUUAUGUUUAAAUGAUGUUUGCUCCAAAAUGGUAGUUAAGUGGUGAGUUCAAGAACACCUCAAUUUAUAAGUCUCAUACCAGAAUCAUAACACAAUAGGUAUUUGUAGUUACUAUCUAAACACUUGUGUAUAAAUAUAUUAAAAAGUAUUAAUUUUUAAAAGAUUAUCUGAAGCCAACCAUUGUUGAAAUGGCAUGGAAUGAUAACAUGUGAGGUUAUUAUAAAGUAAGAUUAUCUUUGAUAAAUAUUCUGUAGGCAAUUAAAAUAUUGUAGUGCUGAUUAGUCUUUACUGUACCAAAGCUAAUGUUUAAUUUGAUUUUUCUUGCUUUUAGUUGAACUGUAGUUACAUCUGUAUAUUGUCAUGUUAACAUUAUCUAUCAGAGGAUAUUAUGAUACAACAUAUUGUUUUUAACAGCACACAUAAGUUUAGAAAAUCCUGAUCUGUGCACAAAAUAGAAAGUUACACGUCAUGGUAGGGGUUUAGGGUAGUAGUUUCGAGUUAUAAACAUGUAUUUACUAAAUUGCUCUCUGUUUACACUUAAUUAAAUUACAGUAUUAUGUGUUCCGUUCACAUACAAGUUUACCUUUAUGCUUUCAAUUCACGUGUUAAUUACCCACAAUGCUUUCUGUUCACAAAUAAAUAAACAAUGGAAGAAUAUAUUUUAUUUUCUCAAAGAGAAAAUGUACAUAUUAUGUUUUGUAGUUGUAUUAGCUCAGGUGGUAGUUUUCUAUGAGUUAUUUCAAACAUCCUGAUACAAGUAGCAGCACCAAUCUAAUGGAAUAGAAAUACUUAUGAUUUGAACUAUUCAUAACAAAUUUAGCAGAAAAUUUCUCUAAUCUUCCAGCUGGCAUUUACUCUACUGCAGAGCCACCAGCAUGCUUGAUGGAUGGCAAAAUAGUGCAGUACUGUCUGGCCACCCAGUACUGUUUUAUAAUAGUAGUUGGGCGAAACCCUUGAGAAUUUGUCGUUGCUAGACAGCGGUCUCGUCUCUGGUCACUUCCGAGGCAGGUAAAUGCAGAAAGAUAAAUGUAAAAUAAUUAAUUUAAUUGCAGACUUCAUGUUUUAAAAGUGAAUGUCUUGCGCCAGUGUCUGUAUUUUGAUAUAGAACGAGAUGCUCUGGGCUUUCUUAAGUAUUAGAGUAGUUUGUAGUGGCAGGGCCCACAGUUUGACUCCUGAUGUAGGCAGAUGGGGCAGUAGUGCCACACUUGGUUAUUUGGUAACUGGGGUGGCUCAGGCUGCCCUCACAUCAUCACUAGUGUUUUUUGAGUAAAGCCAGUCGUUUUGUUCAAAAUUGUUUGACCCUGCAAGAACACACUAGCAGUUUUUCUUUUAUCAUUAGCUACCGACACAAAUAGAAACCAUUGUCUUUUAAUAGAACAUCUCUUAAAUAAUCAAACCAGUUGUGAUUUAUAAAUAUAAUAGUAUUAUAAAUAUAAAUGUUUUACAAUGUUGCUAGCCCUGAAAAUGUUUUAAAUAAUUAUUGGCUUUGGAUUGCUUCUUGGGGCAACUUCUUCACAUCACGGACACUGACUUUAUUCUGUCGUUAGUAGUCAUUGAGUCUUAUUUUAAUGGAAAUGACAUUUUAAAUAUUAGGAACCAAUAAUAAACAUCAUGUUCACAUUUGCCACUUACAGUAGGGAUCACAUUUUGGCAAACAACCAUGGAAGCAAGUUCACAAAUUGGUAAUAAAAAUUUGAUUUGAAAAAGUCUUCAAAAAUUUAAAGUUUUGCUGACUUACAUUUCAAGGGUAGUCAACUGUAAGUACUUUCAUACUAUUGGCACUUCUGUAGCUAAAAAUGUCUGCUCUACAAAAUUCAGUGCCCGGAUAAAUUAAAAAAAUAAAGAUUUAGUAGGUUAUAGCUUAAAAUAAAUUGAAUUACUCUAGUGGAAAAUAAGAAAAUACUUCAUAUUUCUAACUAAGAGAAGCCAAAUAAUAUUGACACAAAAAUAUUAUAUAGAAAAAUUCCGGCAUGCUAUUUGUCACCUGAUAAAACAUCUGCAGAAAUAUGUCAGACCCUGCACACCAUAAUCUGUCACCAGCUUAAAGUAAUGACUAAAGCAGGCGUGUGAAAUGGACAGCAAUGAUGACAGGUGUGUUAAUUAAACCUAAAAUGCAUCUAAUACCGAGAGUGACUGUAUACAUAGCUAAAACACAUGAAGUAUUGCUUAAUAAUUAUUUUUGGAUAAAACACAUAUAGACUUUACUUUUGUUGUUAACCAUUUUUGCUGGUAGUAACAGCCAUUUUACAAUAAUUUCUGUCACGAAUGACCUAGGUAUCAUUGCCUACCAUGAAAUCUGAUGUGCAUAAAUAAUAUGCAGUUAUUAAUACUUAUUAUUGCAUUUCUCUUCAAAGAAUGUGAGUGCAGUGUAAAUGUCAACUCAGUAUGUUCUUAACCAUACAAGUGAAAGUAAUAAUCAUGAAAUAUAAAUCUCUCAGAAAAAAAUAUAUUAAACUAGUUUUGUUUAUGAAAUAAAGAUACGUACCAAAAUAAUGUGAGCACGAUUUGUAACAAAAUAAAGUAAUGUGAGUGAUUAAAAAACAAAAAAUGUAGUAGUUAGAAAUAGUUUUCCUUCUUGUUUACUAAUAUAUAUAUUUAAACAAUAAUUUUUUUACCCUUCUAUGGACUCUUUCAUUGUUCAGUUUUAUUCAGAUCAGUAUUUCAUGAAUAACAUAUUUCAUCCUUUUUCUCCAUCCAGUGCUAUAAUAAUUUUUUUCUCCGUACAGUCAAUGAUGGCACCCUUGCCUGAUCUUUGGUCUCUCUUAUUUUCCAGGGUUUUUCCCCCCAAUCAUUUCAUUAGGUUGGUGCUCUGCUGCUUUAUCACUAGUAUGAUAGUGCGUUUCAAGUGAUGCUGUACAGUUUUUACAGUUUUGCAGGAAUGACCAUACCUGUAAUUUUUUAUGAAAAUACAUAACGAGUAAUUGACAUAAUUAGUUAUUACAUAAUGUUUUAUAAACAACCAGUUUCUGGCUGCGUAUUAGAAAAAAGUAUAUUGCUUCUGUUGUUAGGAGUUAAAUUAUGUAGCUUGUGGAAUCUCUUGUAAGAUACGUUAGAUUCUUUUUUGGAGAAGCAUUGAAUGUUUAAUUGGCAGAUUUUGAAACACUCAUAGUGAAGAGUAUCCAAUUUGGUGGUCAUAUUAAGUGACAUCAAAUUUUUUUUCUUUGUAUGUUCAUUAAAAGGUGUGUCCAAUGGGGUUGGUAUUGAUUUUGCCCAAAAGUGAACAACAGUGGAAUUUUCUCCCACAAAUCUAAGAUUUGAUUGAGGAAGCGGGUUUUUGUCCUAGUUCACAUGUAGUUGGCUUUUAUUCCUUAUUUGUAGUUGAUAAUUUACAAAACAUUAGACACAUUUUUCCAGCAAAAUUAUUUCUGGUUUCAGACUUAUUGUCACUGUGCUAAACCAUAUUUUCUAUUAAAUAAUUAGGUGCCUGUUCUCAUAAAUGUCCUAUGACAUUCCCUCUUGUUUUACUACUACAGUAAAUAUAUAUAUUUUCUCCUAAUAUGAAGGGGGCUUUGAAGAAUACUAAUACUAGUAUUCAGAUUGUUGUAAAUUUAGUGUUCAAAGAAUUUUUAAACUAUGAUUGAUAUAUGAAAUUGAAAAUAACUCUGGGUACCUUUUUUUAAAUAGAAAAUUAUUUUGGUUAAAAGUUCUUUACUGCAUUCACGAGGCAUGUCCAGAAAGUAAGUACCUACCAUUUGGUCAUUAAAAAAAAUGCUUAUGGAAAAAAAAGUUUUAUUGAAAGUUUUAGUUUACUACUUAUCUACAGCACAUUUUCACAUAGUCACCAUUCAGUUACAAGCACUUUUCCCCGCCUGUAAAUUAAACCAGUUGAAAAUCAUAAUUUUGUACAUUAUCGCUAUAAUUGUUGACUCAUGUUUCAUUAAAUCAACCAAAAUGAAGCCCUUAUCAUACCAAAAUACGGUAGCCAUCAUUUUUCGACUCUAGUAUGGAGAUUGCUUUGCUUAAACUUUUUUCGGCGAUGUUUACUAAGCGCCUGUACUUAGACUUCACGCAUUGCGUAUUCGAAGUUCGUGAUGUCAGUGGCCAAGGCAUAUGUUCCAUUCCCAGGCAGCAAACUUUUAUGCAGGGGGGUUAAAUAAACUGGUAGAGCAUUGCAAAAAGUGCUUGGAACUGAAUGGCGACUUUGUGAAAAUGUGAGAAAACUAAACUUUCAAUAAAACUUUUUCAUGAGUUAAUUUUUUUUAAUGACCAAACGGUACUUACUUUCCGGACACGCCUCGUAAUACAGCGUAAAUUUGGGUUAGGUCAUAAGGGACAAUUUGUGCAAUAAAAAAGUUACUGUCAGAAAUAUUAUUUCUUUCAAUUAGUCAGUGACAUAUUCUACCAAUUAUACACAUUUACUUAUUUUGAUACUGUAUAAAGUACUUAAAUCAACAGAACAUAAAUUGAAAAUGCCUUGAAACUAGUUACCGUAGUUGAAAAUGUUUUCUGUUUUUUAAGUUUGUUAAAAUAUAAAUUUUACUUUAUUCUGCAAGUGUAAAAGGGAUUGGAAAUGGUAUCAUAUUGAAUUUUGGGGAUGUUGCAUGUUUUGUUGGUGCAGUAAUGAUUAUUCUGUUAAAUCAUUUAAAAAGUGGAUUUGUGAAAUAAGUUUAAGUUCUUGACACAGACUUUCUGUUGUACUGCCAAUAUUCAUGACAUUUCCUUUUUGUGUCAUAUUAUUUCAAUUUAGAAAUGUGUGUUUUAUUUAAAGAUUACAUUUUAUUUUAUCAGUAGUUGUACUGGUUUUGUAAAACAGUACAUGUGUAGGAACUGCACCUUUAUUUUAUGUUUGUCUUCCAUUGAAAGGAUGGCUCUUAUGUGUUCUUAAAAAAUAAAUCUCUAUUGUUAUAAUGCUUGCCAACAGGCUGACUUGUCAUUGUGAAUUCUUGUGUUGUUUUAACUAGGUUCAUAUUCAUUACUCUAUAAUGCUGCAUAAAAAUUUAUAUGUUUUGUGAUUUGUUUUUCUGUUAAAAUAAUUAAAAUUGUUGUACGAUAAGCCAGUGUUACAAUUUCCAAGUAAGAAAACUUUGUUAGAUAUUCCCGUUUGCCAUAAUUUUUAGACAUUGAAUAUUAGUGUGGUAUAACUUUAGACCUGGGAAUUUCUUUGGUAGCAGGUCUUGAAAUUCUUGAGUAUAAAAUAAAUUUUUUGUAGUGGAAAAGAAAUGAAUCAAUGUCAAACAAAUAGCCAAGUUAAAUUACACAAUUUAUUAAAUCAAUUAUAACUAAAUUAAUUCCACAUUCUUUCUUACAACAAAAUGUUUCAAGAGAAGCUAAUUUUAAGGCAAUAAACAAUUGUACAUCCACACCAUGAGAUGAGGUCCCAUAGAAACCACCAGUACCACCACCUCUAGCAGAAAACAUUUAUCCUCGUCAGUGUGUCGUAUGGCGUGGAAAUGUGCGGCUGGGGCUGACAUGAGCAGGUGUAUCAAGAGGGGCACAUGAAGGGGAAAACAUACUGAACUGCAGAGGAAUGCGAAGCAGUGUAACCUUCGGACCUUUCCUACCCUUGAAGGCUCGGGAACAAGGAUGCGUUUUUGUUUUGACUGCAGAAUCAGCAUGGGCCACCAAAGUAUGGGAAGCCUACGAUUCACGCAGAGUAUUCGACAUGCCCGAAGAUUACCGAAUACCUGCCUUCGGGUGACUUCGGAAUUCUUUUUUUAGGUGAAAAAAGCACGGGUGAGCAUAACGAUGGAACGCACAUGCAUUAUGAAUUGAGUUUGACUAACCCAACCUAACCUAACCUAACCUAACCUAACCUAUUAAUGGCUUAAUUUGUAUUAUUGUUAUGAAACUUCCUACCUUUAUUUGUUUAUGUCCGGCAUUUAAAACAGACGUUUUUUUACCUAAAUAAAAGAAUUCCGAAGACACCCGAAGGCAAGUAUUCGGUAUUGUUCGGGCAUGUCGAAUACUCUGCGUGAAUCGUAGGCUUCCCACCAAGGUAUUUGGUUAUCUUCUUUUCCUGCUCGGUGGCAGCAUUUUCCAUGGAACAGUGACAGGUGCCCGAUAAAAACGCGUGUGUACAAGUUAGAUAUUUUAUUUUAAAAAUGCUAUUUGUCCGAGAUUAAGAUAAUUAUAUUAUCUCUGCCUCCCUGCGGUUGAGCAUAACAAAUUAUUGGAGGGCUGAAUCUUAUUACAAUGAUGAAGUCCCAAACUAGAAGAAAAGUCAAGCAAGGUAUGUGUCUCAGAUUUGAUAUAAGAAAGUGAUAUAUUAAAAGUACGAUUUUGCCAAUCAGCACCAGGCACAUUGAAGUCACCAAGUAUUAUCAAAUUAUGUUGCUAGUAGAUGAGGUUAUCUUCUGCUUCAAGGUAGCAUAUAUAAUAGUAGUACGUAGUUGGAGGGGGAAUGUAUUAUAACCAAGUAUUAGGUAGGUAGGUGGUUAAGUUUUCAUUUUGAUUCAGAGCGCUUCAAUUCCAGGAUAAUAAAUUUGAAUUUGGACUGAUGGAAAUUUGUUUAUUAAGUGCAAUCAAAACACCAUCUAUUUUCAACAUUGUGAGUGUUUCUAUAACAUCUAAAUAUGAGAUACUGAUCCAAGAAAUAGUGACAAUUUAUGAUGCAAUUAUUAAACCAUGUUUCUGUCAAAUAUAUUCAUCAUGCUUAAUCAACCUCAUACCACCACACAAGUUAUAACAUAGCCAUGAUUAUAAAUCAUAUGAAAUAUUUCUGUAAAUAUGUUUAGCACAAAUGCCUGCACAAAGUAAAAUUAUAUAAAUCUAUUUUAGUAACCUUUCCACAAAAGAAUUAAAAACACGCAAGGUGUAAAAUAAGUGUGUUAAUGUGGGCGUGAACUAUGUUAAAAAUAAAAUGAUGUAAAUGAUGGGGUUAGCAUCUCUGAUUAACUUAUGUACAACAAUGAACGAGUUAACUAAUACUUCACGGCUGAAAGCCAGGUGUGCACCACUAGCAAGGGAAGAUAAGGGCCAGUGUUGGAACACAGUACAUUUUACCACAAUGUCACACAAGUAGUGUUACCGGAGUCUUUCCAAACCAUUUUGGCAACAUGUUUUAAUUUAUUUUUUACUUCAGUUUCACAAUUUAAUUGUUACACUAACUUGUAAACAUAUUUUUAGUAAAUUCUCAUUUCUAUUUAUUCCAUUUUGGUUGGAACUUAUUGGGGAAAUAAGUAUUUCACAAAGAAUUGUAACACUGUGGAUAUUUGAAAUUACCUUUAUUGUUUUUGUAUACAAUUUAUUACAUUUCUAUAUCAAUUAAUGAAAUGUGCUUUAAUGUCAUUACAUUUGCUUUAUGGAACUUUACAAGCUAAUCUCAUAUGCAAGUUUACAAAAAGAAAAUAUAUAACAAACUGUAGGUAACAUUUGUCCUCUACUAACAUAUUCUUGGAUAUGACUGAUGGCAGGAACCAUGUAACUACUUUAAAUUGAGUUGCAUUCCCAUGAAUUUAGGAAUUACUCAUAAUCAUGACAAAUAAGUUACAAAAUAACAGCACAAACAAUUCUUCUAGACUGAUAGUACAUACGUAGGUAUAAAUAAAUUCUUGAAUGGUUGGCCAUUAUCACUGGCAAGAUAACUUAAAUAUAUAUAUUCUGAUGAGUAUCAAGUCAUUGGCUGAAAUUAUAGUUCACAUCGGGAUACCUGUGUACGUGAGUUGGCCAAAUGAAAGUAGAGGACAUACUGUCAACAGAAUACAUCUCAACACUACGGCAGUGCUUUUCAAGCAAGUUAUUUUCUAACAAGAAUACCUUCAUGAAAGGUGCAUGUCUGGACUACCUACUAAAUGCAAAGAACUAGUUAAGUAACAGCACUUCUACAGAUAUACUGCACAUACUGCAUAUACAAAUACUUAAGAAAAUAUAGUUGUGGACUAUUGCACACAAUGCAACUUACCACCUUUACACUAAUACAAGUUACCUUGUUUUCCUAAUCACAAUCUGCUCUCUCAAGCAGAAACAGCAAUGUUUGUACAGGAAGGACCCAACACUUGAUUCCACCAGUGUUCACCCAGUGUACCACGGAUGGCACAGACUGAACUUAGUAACUAACCUCGCUACUUAAGUCUGAAUGGUCACUGGAGAGCAUGGGUCUGGAAUCAUUAAUUCUAGCUUAGUACGGUCAUGCAAGUAAUUUUUCUGUUGCUGUACACCAUUGUUGAAUACUAUUCAGUAGUUAAAAAAUAGAACUGAGUGGCUGGCAGAGAGGGAAACACGGUGAUAUCAGAAAAAAGUGAAGUUGGGAACAAUUAUUUCAAUUGAAAUACAUGCAUCUUAAUGUCAGUGACUCAUUAAAAACACGUAGCAAUAAAGCAUGCAUGAGUUAAUACUUUAAGUUCACCUGAAUAAACAAAAAUGCAAAAGUUGUGGGUCAGAUCAAUGAUGUAGCUAGGAGCAGUAGUUGCUUGCCAGAUAUGCUGGUUACUACAUUGCAAUCACUAAAUGGUUUUUUGUAUUGUGUACAGCCUGUAUGAUGAUGAAAGUCAAACUUACAAAAUGACUGAUGCUAUAUAAGAUCAGCAACAUACGAAAAAAAAAAAAAAAACUAAAAAUGUAGAGCAAAUAUUUUAAUUUGAAUAAACAUUUUUUUUUUGCUGACAUGGUUUAUGGUAUAGUACUAUUUAAUGUUAUUUCUAUUAAGUUUAACGAUGUUAGGUGUGCAAUGCACGAACAUAAAACUUAGAUCAGGUUUGUAUUAAAAUACUUAUUGGAUUAUCAAAUGACUUACUAUUGAUAAAGUGGAUACUGAGUAGCAAAGAAAUAAAUUAAAAAAAUAGCGCCUAUGGAUUUGUUUUGAAUAUUUCACUGAAUACUACAAAAUAUACUUAAACGCUCAAUCAGUGGAUGGUAAAAUGAAAACGUUACAAAACCUGAAAAGUCACGUAAGUUUAUAAAAAGAAAUACAAAAAAGUAAUUUUUGCCAUAAAAAAGGGGACCAUAAAUGUUAAAAGGAUUGCUACAAGUAUGAAGAACUUCGGGAAAUGAAAAAAGAGAAUGAAUAUUCGAAAGUCGGAGAAAUAACAAAAUAUUUCUGAAUUUUUUUUUGGUGAUAUAAGUGAUAACGGAUGUAUUGCUUUUGCCUACUAAACUCCCCAAAAAAUGGUAAAAUGUGAAAAAUCACAAAAUACAAAUUUUUCCCCACGAAAUUUUGGGUCUUUUUAACAAAAAAAAAAGUGUGGCAAGGGGAAAAAAAUUUACAUUUAUAGUAUACAUGUUUGACAGCCAAAAAGUGAUUGUUUUAAGCAAACUAAUGGCAAUUUUUUUUCUUUCACAAAACACGUGAUAACUAUAAAACUGCAUUAAUUUUGCUACCUGGCAAUUUCCACAUGGCUGCAGCAUUUGUUGCCAACAAAUCCAAUUUGGACUAGCAUUUGAAAAUGCAGGCAAUAAAAUUUUAAAUACUGCCAAUCUUGUGGGAAAAACAAGACAAAUAGGUUUUCAAGUGGAAACUGUGAGUUAUGCAAACUUCCUUUUAUUGGAUGCACAAGUACGGCCUACAUCAGAUAGAAAACAAGACCACAUGUUUUCAAGCCAGCCAAUAAAGAUGGCAUUAAGAAUCUUUUUAAAAUUGAAAACAAACACAAAUUUGAGACAAUACAACACGAUGGUUUACGAAGUUUAGCAUGCGCAUAGAUGCCAGGGAAAGGUGUCAGUUUACUGUGGGGAAAUCUUGGGCUUGCAAAAUCAUAACUGUGAACCUGGUAUAUAAACCCAAUUCCUUGGGGCCUCCUGAAUUCUACAGAUCUGCACCCCUUAAAUAUAGUACAACCAUUAUCGGCCAAUCUGCAAGUGCACCGGGAUACGAUUAGUGACUCGUCAGAAAGCAUUCAUUAUCAGGUGGCCUCAACUUAGGAACCUGGUAAAAUUAAGGUGUAGACAAAAUAGAAGAUUCUAAUUUAAUAGGGUUUGUAAUGUUAAUUCAAUCACAAAUUAUGUAACCCUAAUGCUACAAGUAGUAAUUCAGUACUACUGAUAAUGGGUAGUUUUAAACACUUUUUUGUAUGCAUCUCUUGUUUCUCUGUAUGUUCCUAAAAUCUAAUAGUUCAAUUCUUUCCACUGCUCCAUUUUACAGACAAUUAUGUUAGUCUCUCUCAGCAGUAAGAGAAUUGCAUAAGUGCAUAAAUAUGCAUGAAUAUUUUCAGUGUGUAUUUUUCUUUCUUUGAAAAUCAAAGAUUAAAGUACUGAAAAAUUAAUUUCAAUACGGAGACUUCUCCAGAGUAAACUCAUACUACAGCAAUAUCAUAAAUAUAUAAAUUCUAAGCUUGGAGCAACUAUGGUUAAAAAAAUUUCAGGAUAUGAAUACAUCUAAAUUAUUAUAUACACUCAUCAGCUGUAAAGAGAAAGCAAUAAAAAAUUUAAGGUUUUUAUCUAACUUAUUCUAAUGGUUUAAAGUGAAACAACUUUUUUAAACUAAACAGAUACAGUUAAUUAACUAUUAAAAAUUAGGAAAUUAUUAUCAUUAUAACAAUAAUAAACAAUAUUUUUGUCGUAUUUAAUACUAACUCAUUUUGUACUUGAAACUGCAAGUAAUUUAGAUGUAAAUUUACAUUUUCUCUAGUACUACUAUUAAUUUACAAAACUUUGUUGCAACUGAAUUGCAGUAAAUAUUUUAAUUUAAAAAUAGGAUAACUUAAAUAAAUAAAUAAAUAGCAUUUUGUAAUGGGUUGUGUAUUAAAUGUAAAAAAAAUGAAACAUCCACUACAAGCACAACAAAAAUUUAAAUGACAAUAAAAAUGAUAAACUUUGUUUGGAUUUAUUCCUUUUUUUCUCAUUCUGAAAAACUAAACUUAAAAAUAACAUUCCUUGAUGGUAACUUAUUUUACAAGAUAUCACAGCAGUCUUAUUUAGUACCCUUAAAAGUAUUUUGAAUUUAAAGCCAAUAGUGGAGCAAAACAUGAAAAACAGCAAAUAAAAUAUUGUUUAUGUCAAGUUUGAAAGUUAUAGGAGAAGUGCAGAAAAACUACUGCUCCUAGCUAAUAUUUGUUGAGGUAGCUAUUACCACACAAAUUGGUUCAUCCUUCCUUCUGUAACACACAAGUGUUACACAGAGCCAAUUUUCUCCAAACACAAUCUUAACAUCAAUACAUCAUAGGAUUGUGCGAAGCUGCGUAACAUCGAAGUCUAAUUGAAUACUAAUUUUCUCACACUUCAAAAGUAUUUGAAAAAAAAAAAAAAAAUUCAAAGAUUCACAAGUAUUUGCUAAAGCAGAAUACAUAAAAAGCCAACUUGGCAAUCUGGAAUUGCUAUGACAUUUUUUUUUUGGUUUAUAACAGACAGUGACAUAGGCCUACCAAAUGUAAAUGCUGGCAAUCUGUAUUUGUUUGAGAGCUUACAGCUGACAAAAAAAAAGUUAACUCAUGUCACAAAGAAAAAGGAGAAUAAGUUUUGAGUUUCUGCAACUCAGUAAUAGCAACUGAUGGAAAUGAAUUGCAGCCAGCUAGUUAUCCUGUAAACAGACAAAUGUUUCUCCCAAUCAGAUACCUCUUCUGAAGGCUAUAUUAACAAAUAGGAAUCCUUGUACUACAAAUAUUUUGGCCAAAUUACUACAGGUUUCCUAAAAUUAAGCUGUAAUCGCAUAAUACAUGAAUACAAGAGUAAUAUUCUACCAUAAAAACAAACAUUUAAAAGGUUUUGUUCAUUUAAACUGUAUAUACAUAAAGUUGGAGACAGACGGAAAGAUUUCUCAAAGCAAAUUUUAACACUGUUUAUAAUUACUUUUUUCCUGUAUACUUUCACAAUUAACAGAGAACGAAAAUAAAUUACUGACAGUGUUUCAGCCUGUUCUCAAGAAUUUUUAAAAGAUGCUUAGCUACCUGCAAUAACUGUAACAUGUUCACCUUUCCAAUGUAGCUUCAUAAGUUACUUUUACUAUUACAUAAGUAAUUUUUGUUUUUAUUUACGAGCAGUGGCAGUUGGUUAACCUUCUACAUUUUUCUCAUAAUGUUCUUAAUUAGUGUGUGGUAUGUAGGGUAUACUGAUAAAAUAUCUCUGAAUCAAAUUUGUAUCUAUGGAAUUUCCUUAAUGCAGCAAAAUAUUUAAAUAAUCAAAUCAAUUUUGUCAUUGGCAAAAACUUGGAUCUUAGUCUUAGACUUCUGAUUCAAAUUGAACAACUGUCUUCGCACAUCCCUAAUUCAACAUGUAUAACCUCAGUGAAUAAUUCAUUAAAGGACUUUCCAGAUACCAAAGCCAGACUUCAGGUUUAGUUAGACAUUUUGAUAAUCAUUCUCUCCUGAUAAUUACCAAAAGGCAAGAACUAAAACGUAGACAACGAAGAGCUUAUUUUUUCUAAAGCCAGAAGCCCUUUCAAAAUUCAAGGCCACUAUACAAACAAUUCUUUCAUGUAAAA